AUGACCAACGUCUUGAGAAAAACACUUAGAUUUAUAACACGAAAACUGAACGAAUAUAAAGAUAAUCAAAUUGAGAAAGUUAAAGAUGGUUAUAUGGAUACAAAGUUAAUCAGUCUCAAGGAUAUUGAUAGAUAUCUACCUUGGGCUCUACCAUUAGGUUUUGCACCAAUGUCGUCAAUGUCAUCGUUUCCUUGUUUACCUUCACCGUUUGGUGGGUUGCCUAAUUUUCCAUUAAAUACUUUUCCAACAGGAUUUCCUACUCCAUCAUUAACGCCCACGUCAACAUCAUCCUCAACAACUCCCUCAUCAGCUGAGAGUACGGAUGUUUGGCAACAGUUAAAUGAUUUAACAAGAAAUUCAAAUGUGGAUUAUAAUGAGUAUGCUAAACAAUUAAAUUAUUUAAUGAAACUAUUUACAGAAUCACAGGCACAGUCAUCAUCUCUCCUCCUACCACAAAUGCAGCAAGAAUCAUCAGAUAGACGAGAAUCCACUUCAAAACCUGUUAAACACUCUAAAAAACGUAUUGAUGUUCCAGUAGAUGAAACGAAUGGCAAGCAUUAUACACCGAAAACAGACGAUAAUCGACCCACAUCUGCUUCAUCUAUAUCUUCUUUGUCACGUAAAUCAUCUGCAAAACCACGAUUGACUACAACUAUUGACAAAUCUCUUUCGGCCAGUUCCACUUUGACAACAACAUCAUCUUCACAACGUUCAUCACCAGCGACCGUGUCUCCAUUGCCAACAGUAGCAAAUGUAUCAAAAACACCACCAUCCACUGUGAGUUCAGCAACAAGUAUUAAUACACCCGGUUUGGAUCAAUUAGCAUCACUUGGUACUGGAUUUCCAUUUCCCUAUUUUUUACCAUCAUUUUUAUCACCAGCAACAGCACAAACACCUACUACAAAUAAUUCUACGUCAUCAAAUCUUUAUGGAUCUUUACCAUUUUCAUCGCUAUCUUCCACAUUGUUAAAUCCAGCUGCAUUAUAUCCAUUUUUAUCACCAGAAUUUUUCCAUUCCAAACUACUAGAUAGUUAUGGAAAUUUGACAGAGAAUACUAACAGUAGCAGCACAUCAACGAUCAAAUCUAAAGAUGACAAUAGUAAAGAACUUAAUCAUCAACAAAUGACAAAGUCGAAUCAAUCCACAAAAGUUAAAAAACAUAAUCAACAUUUGCCACCAGUUGACAAUAGGUCAAUUCCAUCAUUAAAUUCUCUGAUGAGUGAAACAAAACCCAAAAAACGUGCAAAAUCUAUACGCACUCUUACUGAAGAACAAGAACUAUACGAUAUGAGUAAUAAAAUAUCAUCGAAAUAUCCACAAAUAAACACAAAUACAGAGAAAAAUCCCAUAUUAAACAGUCAUCUUGAUCAACGUAUCCGCAGUAAUAAUUCAAAUUCAACUAUCAAUUCUCUGAGUUUACUUCAUUCGGCAUUGAUGAAAUCAUCGUUAUUGACUAAUUCAUCUACUCAUCAUGAUGUUGUUCUUUCGCCUUCGAUUAACACUUUCUGUUCUUCACCAUCCGUUUCACUUUAUGAUCCUAUUUAUGCUCUAACAUUAAAUAAUCAAUUUUCCUCUAAAAAAUCUUCAAAUGGUAGUAGUAGUCCUUCUCGUUUUGAUCAAAAUAAAAUUCGCGAUUUAUUACAACAACGUGAUAUUCAACAACAAACAAAUUCUUCAUUUCAUGAUCUUCCACGUGAAAUGUAUCAUCGUCAACAAGAAUUAGAAGAUGAAAAUAAUAGAUCAUAUAAUCCUAGUUUUUUGGAUGAUCUCUAUUAUAAACAGCAACAACAUCAACAAAAAUCUAUUAAUUCAUGGAUAUUCCAGCCAAUUAGAGAUUCGAUUGAUAAUAGCGAACCAUCGAAUUCAAAUGGUCGACGAAGCAGUGGAACAAUCACUCCAACUCAAACAAAAACAAUUAGUCGUACACCUGUAACUCCCUAUGCCGAUGAAUCUCGAUCAGCUGAUGAUGAUGAUUCUGAGGCAAAUUCUCGGAGGAGACGUAAAACAGAGGACGUCAAUGAAGAGUUGGUGCGCAUUCCAUUAAACCGCUCUUGGAAACGCGUUACUGUUGUACGUGCGAUAACUCGAACUGGAGUACGUGGUGAUGUUUGUUAUUAUGCACCAUGUGGAAGAAAAUUACGUUCAUUUCAAGAAAUUGAUCGGUAUUUAUCUCGUAAAACGAUUAGUGAUUUAGACAGAUCACAUUUUACAUUCUCCUCUAAAAUACAUAUUGGAUUAUUUCGUGAACCAAAACUUGAUGAAGAUGGAAAGACAAUAUUUGAUGAAUAUAAUGAAGAUGAAAUUUAUGAGCGUAUUCUUGCAAUAAAUCCAAAAUUUCGUCGUAUGAAAUGUGAAUACGAUGAAACAAAAACAAAUCAUUUAGGUAGAAGUCCAUCACCAUCCGUUUCAAAUAGUGUAAAAGAAUUGAUGACAAAUAAUACAACAACAAUUGAACAACAUGAUAUUGCUCGUCAAAUGUUCGAUAGUACAAAAUUACGUUUAGAACAAGAAGAAUUAGCUAAACGCGCUGUUGACAUAAAAAAUAAACGACAAAUGGAACGUGAAGCUAGACGACAGAUGCAAUUAUUUAAAGAUGUUAAUCAACAAAAAUCAGUGUCAUCAGAUUCACACAACAAUAAUAACAAUAAACUUCAUCAUCAUCAACAACAACAACAAAAAGAUUUUUUAAAAGCUUUAAUUGAACAACAAAAAUUACAACAAGAAUUAGAACAUCAAAAACAAAUGCAACAAGAACAGCAAGAACAAGAACGUAAACGACAAGAAUUACUUUAUAUGAAACAAAUGGAGCUGAAAAAGCGUCAAGAAGAGAAAUUAUUAUUAUCUGAACAACGAAAAGCUGAGAAAAAUGCUAUUCGUGAAAAAAGAAUUCAACAAAAGUAUAUGGAAAUUGUUCUUGCUAAAGAAAUGAAAAAAGUUGCUGAGGAUAUGAUAUUAAAAGAUUUAAAACCGUUACCAACAUUGAAGCCAGUUGAAAAUAUUCGUUUAUCAGUCGAUGCAUUUGCUAAUUGCUUGAUGGUUAUAGAAUUUUUAAAUAAUUUCAAAUAUAUACUUAAUAUACCUGAUAAAGCCAUUCCAACGUUGAAUUGUUUACAACAAGGUUUAUUGACAAAUAUCGCAUCAGCGACAACCACUCGAGAUAUUAAUUCUUUAUGUAAAAUAUUAUUGAAAAUAGCAUUAGAUGAUCCGGGCAUACCACAUCCGAAAAAAGGUUUAACAAAUUUAGGACAAAAAUUAUCCGAAGUAGACAUUAAUGAUUAUACAUUCAGUGAAAUUUUACGUUUAUUUAUGAGAGAACGAAAUGGAUUUGAUGAGAAGUUAACUGAAUGUCUAUCGCAAAAUUCAUUUCACGCAUUAAAUGCUGAUGAAAAAGCGGAAAUUUUGGCAUUUUUAUGUAAUGAAUUAUUAUCAAAUAAAAAAGUUGUUGAUGAUAUUGAUCAUCACCUUGAUGAAUUAUCAACAUUAAGACAUAAUAAAUGGGAAAUUGAGCGACGAUUAAGACGAAUGAAAUUUGAUAAAGGAAGUAAACGGAAUGAUUCAAAAUUAACAAUAUCAAAAGAUAAAGAUGGGUCAGACAAUGAUAGUGUAAAUGAUGAUGACAGUGAUGGAGAAUCGAUGCGAUGCGACGAUGAAACUAGUAUCACACCUGCAACUACAGUGAAUUCUACAUCGAAUAACGGUGAUCCUGUACAGCAAUCGUCAGUUAUACCGCCUCCAUCACCUACCUACGAAGAUAUUGAAUCGAUUGACGAGACAAAGAUUGACGAUGUCGAUAAACGAAUAACAAUCGUCACUAAAAAACAUCAAAUUGUUAAAAAACGUGUUAUUGAAAAACAAUGUAAAAUACGUGCAUUACAUCUCGGACAAGAUCGUUAUCGUCGACGUUAUUGGUAUUUUCCGCAGAUAGGCGGCGUUUAUGUCGAAGGUUUAAGUUCAGGAGAUAAAGCAUCAUCGGAUGUACAAUGCUAUGUUGAAAAUGUAACGAAAAGACGUAUAGAACGGAAAAAUUCGGGACAUGAUAUCGGACAGAUAACAAAUAUACCACUUUCAAAUUCGCGAACAAUUCAACAGCGAAAAUCUGAUCUUAACAAAUUACAACACGAUGACGUUAAGACAAGUGUUGCUUCUAUAAUUGCAACAGUAACUGAAGACAAAUUAGUUGAAGAGCCGACACCAGUGAAUGAACGUGAAGCUGAAGACAGUUCCAAUGGAACUAGUGACGAUGAAGGUGAUGAUGAUGUAGAUAACGGUGAACAAGAGAAGACGAAAUUAAACGCUCAACCGACAGCAGCAAUCAAUGGCGAACAAAAGUUAUUAAAUGAUAUACCAUUGAAUGACAAUGAUACAAAUAGUGAUGAAUUAGCAACAAUGGAUUUAACGGCUUUUUGUAUGGCUGUUAAACGUGAAAGUGCUGCUGCAGUAGCCGCAGCCACUGAACAUCAACAGCAACAAGAAAUAACUGUAAAAUCAAAAAUUGAAGAUGAAAUGAUAAAAGAGGAACAACAGGAAGAUGAAAACAACAAUGAAAUGGAUGAAGGACAGAUCGGUUAUAAUAAAAAUUCCAAUCAGUCUUCAGUGAUAACUACUAAUAAGAUUGUAACAAACAUUAAAAGUGAAUCGUCAUUGUUGGAUCAUUCUACCACCGAUUUAUUAUAUCGAAAUAAGCAAGAUCUGCAAGAUCCAGUUACCAAUUGCGGCGAUGACUCUAUUCAAAAUGAUCAAACUAAUAGUUUUCAUAUCAAAAAACGUUCAUCAAACGAUUCGUACGAUAAUAAUGAUAAUAAUGCUCCACUUGAUCUCUCAUGUUCAAAACCAAAACGUCAGUGUAAAAAUGAUUACUGGCUAAACGAUAGUGAUAAAGAGUUAGCAAUUAAUAAUUCCCAUAAAUUUCAAGAAUUAAAUAGUCUGGCAACAGCUGCACUACUAUUAAAUAAUCUGAAGCAAGAACAGUCAAACACGGUUGUCGAUUUAAGUAAUUCAAAUUUACAUAAUAUUCUUUCUAGUCAAAUGAUCUUAAAUUCAUUUUCUCCAACAUCAGUUAGUCCAGUGAAAAACGACUCAUCUUCAUCAACCACUAAUUUUAAACAAAUUGAGACAAUGGUUCGUGAUCAAAUUCAGUAUCCAAAUCCGCUACCGAUACCCGAUGAAUUUCGAUCUGGUUGGUGGCGUAUACAAACACCUGAAGAAUUACGUACAUUAAUUAAACAAUUAGCUAAACGCGGUCAACGCGAACGUCUAUUAUGUCGAGUAUUACAACGAAAUUUUGAUUCUAUAUCAAAUACAAUGAAAUUAGUUAAACAAGGCCUUGAUUUAGAAUCCAAUGAACAACAGCAAAAUUCAGUUGAAAAUGUUCUCGAUGAAACACCAACACUAAAUGUUGUAGAUACCGAACAACAAACGGAUCAAAUACGUUUGCAGCAAGAGAUGGAUGUACUGAAUGAAAUCUAUAAUUUAUGUAAUAGAAUUGUUGGUGCUAGUUUACAAUGUCGAUCGUAUGAUAUACCAUCAUCAAAAAAACAUUUAACUCUCGAUGAUAUUCUUCUGAAAGGUUGUGAACCAUUACAAGAAGCAAAACAUGUAUUAAGUGAAAUUGAACGAAAUAUUGAACGAAGAUAUUUAAAACAUCCAUUUGUUAGAAAAUAUGAAUUGAAUCUAACAUCUCGUCUUAAUCAUACAAAUAAUAACAGUAAUUAUUACAAUGAGCCAACAUCCAAAUAUGACGAAGCACCACAGCAAUUAGAACGUUGGCGUCGUACUAUAAAUGAAUCACGUACGCCCGCUCAAUUGGCGUUGUGUUUAUCGCAAUUGGAACGUUGUAUAGCAUGGGAAAAGUCAAUAAUGAAAGUGAUAUGUCAGAUAUGUAAUAGUGAUGUGGAUGAGGAUAAACUAUUGCUAUGUGAUGGAUGUGAUAAAGGAACGCAUACGUACUGUUUUCGUCCACCAUUGAUGAAUAUUCCACCUGAUGAUUGGUUUUGUUUUGUAUGCAUUGGAAAAGCGAAAGGUGAAGGUCUAUGUUUUGUUUGUGGAAAUAAAAAUGAUGGAAAUUUAAAUCGGUGUGAGUAUUGUGCAAAAUUAUUUCAUGACGAUUGCUUACCAAAUGCCAAGCAUCAACGUGGAAAAUGGUUAUGUAUUGCAUGUGGAGGCAAUGAAUGUGAUCGAGUAAAAUGGCAAACUGGACGUCAAACUUCCCGUUCAAAUGUGGUAACUAAAAUAUCUAAUUCAAAAAAACUAUCGCCAAGUACAAACAAUUCGACAAACGGUGAAAUAACACCACUAAAACCAGUUUCGUCUCGUGGUCGUGGUAGAGGCGGCGGAGGACGGGGUAUAUCGAAAAAUCGAGCAUUAACACAUCAUAACGAGACGAUACCGAUAAUUGACUCAUUAUCAAAUUGUUCAAUAGACGUUAUGCUUACAUCAUCGAAUUUAACGGAAUCGUCUUUAUCUACGACGCAUUCGCCUAAUACGAAUGAUCAGAUUACUGAUUUACAGUCGAUAACAAAUAACGAUGAUAGCACAAGUAAUACUAGUAAAUCGAAAACUCCAGCAAAACGUCGAAAAGCAUCGAAAACUCCUGUUACUGACAUAAAAGCGUGCAAAACUAUAUUGAAUGAAUUAAUCAAAAAUGAGUCGUCUUGGCCGUUCAAAAAUCCGGUUGAUUAUAAACAAUACCCAGAUUAUUUAGAUGUUAUUAAACAGCCAAUGGAUUUUCAAACGAUGAAAAUGAAAAUGAAGACAAAUCAAUAUGAGAAUAAAGAUGAUUUCGUAAUGGAUAUACGCUUGAUAUUUGACAACUGUGAACUGUAUAAUGAGGAUGAUUCACCCGUUUGUCAAGCGGCUCAUCUACUUCGUGACUACUUUGAAACAACAUGGACAAAACAAUUUGGCUAA